AGCCGUUACUUUUUGGAUGUGUUCUGAUAGCAAUGUCGUCGUAUCCUUAUAAUUCAACUAGUGAACUGCGUCAGAAAAUGACAGGCCUUCGGCGUCAGCUUAGCCAUCCUCACCUAAAUAAAUUCAAAGAAGCCAAAAAGGAACUAGCUUCUAUAUAUGAAGAUAUUUUAAGUUAUGUGUCUGAAAGUCACAAAUUUACUCGAGAACAAAGUGAAGAAGAGAGGUUUGCCAGACUUAUCGGACAAGGAGUUCAUGCUGAAGUUGAACACCAUCUCCAGAAAAUCCGUAAUAUUCAGGAAAUUAUUGCUCGUAAUCAAAUGAAGUGUGCUUUUUUCGGGAGAACAUCAAAUGGAAAGAGUACUGUUAUCAACGCGAUGUUGGGUUCAAAAUUGUUACCUUCUGGUUUGGGUCACACCACCAGUUGUUUCCUUGAAAUCCAAGGAACGGAUCAGGACUCAGGAUAUCUUCUAAUGGCUGAUUCUGAUACCAACCCUAAAGAAACGUCAGAUAUUUCUCACCAGGCUCGUCCUAUUGAUUCCGUUGGUCAGUUAGCCCAUGCAUUAAGCAGUGUCAAACUUUCCACAGAUACACUACUAAAAAUAUUCUGGCCAAGUUCAUAUUGUAGGCUGUUACGUGAAGAUGUUGUUCUACUAGAUAGUCCAGGGAUUAAUGUUGAUCCAGAUAUGGAUAGAUGGAUUGAUCUUCACUGUUUGGAUGCGGAUGUUUUCAUUCUUGUUGCUAAUGCUGAGUCAACAUUAAUGCAAGCUGAGAAAGAUUUCUUUCAUAAAGUCAGUCAGAAGUUAUCCAAACCAAAUAUUUUUAUCAUUAAUAAUCGUUGGGAUGCUUCAGCAAACGAAAUUGAAUAUAUUAAUGAGGUACGUGAGCAACACCUGCAACGUUGUGUAGCGUUUCUUGUUGAUGAAUUAAAAGUGUGCACACGUACAGAGGCAGAGGGACAUGUUUUCUUCGUUUCAGCCCGUGAAGUUCUAGCGAUGAGAACAAAAGCGAAUUUAGGUGGCGAUCCACAUUCAGGUCCUCCUGGAGCGGCUACAAGUAUAGGGUCUCCUUUGUCAGCAGUGGCCUAUAUGGCUGAGGGUUGGCAAGAUAGACUCGUGGAGUUUACAAAUUUCGAAACUGUUUUCGAGAAAAAUCUUUCAGAGUCUGCUACUCGUACAAAAUUUGCAGCUCAUUCUGAACAAGGCAAGGAUGUAGUGAAUAGAGUUCGUACAAUCAUGGAAAAUAUCUAUGAGACAACAGUUGAAGAAAAAGAUGCUGCCGUUCGUUGUCGUCGUCUUUCUCAAGCACAUCUUGAAGAGGUACGCGCCCGGUUGAUGAAGACAACUCAAGCUGUAGAUGAAAUGCUUCAUGCUAGUUUGGCACGUGUUGAAGCCCAAGUUGCUAGUGCAUUAAAUGCUGAAAUUCGACGUUUGAGUGAACUUGUCGAUAGUUAUUCGCGUCCUUUCCAUCCAGAUCCAGCUUUGAUUCACGUAUACAAGCGAGAACUAAAUACACAUGUUGAACGUGAAUUAGGCAGAAAACUUACUGAAGCUUGUUCUAGUGAUAUUCUUAAUGAAGUUGCUCGAUGUGAACAGUUAAUGAUGAAUAAACAUGCGGCAAUUGUUUCAGACGAAGCUUGUAAAAAUCGUAUACUUCAGCUAGUUGAUCCUACUGCGUUUACUCCGGAAUUCCAUCUUGAUUGUCGUAAUUUGUGUGCGAAUUUUCACGAAGAUAUUCAGUUUCGUUUUUCUCUUAGUUUGGGAACGCUGUUCCAACGGUUAUCAGCCCCACGUCGUUCGACAAAUAGUUAUCAUUGGACACAAUCUGAUGGAAUUCCUUCUAGUUUGGUUAACUCUUCCAUAUUACCCAGAUCUUCAUUGACUGUUGAUUUAUUCCCUUCUCUUAUGAGCCGAGGCGCUGUCGGUACUGUUAUUGCUUUUGGAAUUAUGUCUAAAGCUGUUGGUUGGCGAGUUCUAGCAGUGGCUUGUGGAAUAUACGGUGGUUUAUAUCUAUACGAACGACUUUCUUGGACAAAUAAAGCUAAAGAGACUGCUUUCAAACGUCAAUAUGUCGAUUUCGCUUCCCAUAAAUUACGUUUAAUUGUUGAUUUAACUAGUACAAAUGCUCGGCAUCAAGCUAAAAGAGAGUUACAUCUAGCUCAUAAGAAGUUGUCCACGGAAGUGGAGAAUUUCAUUGAUACUUUAGUUGAAGAAGUGAAACAAUUGGAUAGUGAUAUUAACCGUCUGGAUUUCAUUACUACAGAAGCAAGGAAACUUAAAAAUCGUGCUAAUAACUUGGGGAAUAUUUUGAAUAAAUUUCAUGAAACAUUUAUUUUAAAUCCAUGGGAUGAAUCUAAUUAGAAGAAUUCAAUUUAUUCUUUUGGUGUUUUCUCUCCUUUCUUUUGGAAGAAGAAAUGUUCAUCUAUGUUUUAAUCCAUCCAUUGAUAACCAUCUUUGAACAAUAUAUAUAUAGUUCAGUUUACAAAAUGAAAAACAUGACGCAAAAAACAAAAUCGCGAAUUGAAAUAUCUUCAAAAAUCGUUCUGGUAGUAUUAUUAGUUAGUAACAGAAGCAGUAGUAUGGUAAUAAUUCAUUGGUUACAAAAUUGUAUUUCUCAAACAAUUUAAUUUCCCCAUCUAAACGAUAAUAGUUUUAUCUGGGAACUUGUAUUGUAUAUUAUGUAUGGUAUUAAUAUGUCAUUUAAUUGUCGACAUCAUCAACCACAUCCUACUUAGUCGAUAGAUGAGCGCUUAUUAUUAUUACUAUUAUUAUUAUUGGUUCAUAAAUAACUCUUUUUUAGGGUUAACAUAUUCAUAAUUGAAUGUAUGUACAACAUAAGAUAUAAUUCAUAUGAAUUUUUUAAAAUUGAAUAUACAUUGUUAAACAGUAUAAAUUGUUUUUUUUCAUGGUUAACACUUUCAUCACCUUAUUCGUUGGUAUUAUAAGUUUAUAUUGUUUCGGUAGAUCGUUCAUAUUUCUGGUUUACGCAUAAUUAUCAAAUUUAUUUUGUAUUGUUUGUUUGAAUCUUCUCAUUGAUGUUUAGAACUGCAAUUGAUCAGUCUCUUAUUGGCAUAUGUGCAUCCUGUACUGAUUGCCUGGAUAUUGCCUUCGUUCAAAAGCAUUAUGAACAAAGAUGGUUGGUGGCUAGCAGUGGAAUUUAGGACGCGCGUUUCGUCCUAUUUGGGACUCGUAUGCUGGAUGUACCUGAUCAAUCGAGGUCCUAAACGUCAAUGGGAAGAUUCAAACAAACAAUACAAUGAAUUUAAAACUCCACCCCAUUUCACAAGCAAGUGGUUAUCAGGACUUAGUAGCCAAAUGGAUAAAGCUAUAGCGUUUGAAGCGAACAGUGCUGAGUCCGGGUCCCGGAAUGAACAUCAACUCUGGGAUGCAGACACAUCCAGCUAACGAGUCCCAAAUAGGACGAAACGCGUGUCUUGAAUUCCACUGUUAGCCACCUAUCAUAUUUGCACAUAAUUAAUUGUUUACAAAUUUUCAUCAUAUUAAUAAAACAUGGGUCAUAUAAACAAAGAAUAUUCUUUUCAAUAAAUUCUCGUCAGGUUCUAUCGCUUCAAAGUCAAAUUCCUAAACCAAAUGUGAGAUAACCCAUCGUUUACGAUUAGGUUAUAUAAAUGUACGAUUGUAAAAAUAAAAUCAGAUUUAAUAUUGAAAUUAUUAGUAUUCAAUGUUCACUUGAAUUACAUUAUAUGUUAAAUGAAAUCAUGAGAUGAUUGAUAAUGAAGAAUAAAUUUAGAUAAAACAAAAUAAGGGAAUAAUGUAAUUAUUAAUCAAACUAAAUGGUUGGUUAACGACUGGGUAAUGCAUAAAUUGAUAUGAAUUCAGUACGAGAUAUUGAAAUAGGUUGAUAGUUAAUUAGAUUCUUGACGUUUACAAGAAGAGUAAUAAUGAUACGAAUUAUAAUAAAAAUAUUUGAAUAAGAUGAAUGUAGGUUAUGAAAUUACAUAGGGUAAGGCUAUGUGUCCAUUAGUCAAAUGAGGUCAUCCUAUAAUUAAGAUGAUGACUGAAUUAUCAGGUCUGAAGUUUCCUUAGGCAAAAGAAGAGGCUGGACAUAUUUCCUUUUUUGGUUCAAAUGGCUAUUGCUUCUGCUUCUAAAGAAGAAAUACAAAUAGGUCAUUAACAUGUUUCUAAAAGAUGACAAUUUAUUGAUUAAGUAGCUAUAUAAAGGAUCGAGAGUUCUCGAAAAAAUGAGUGGCAUCACGAACAAAAUUUUAGAAACUAGCUGACCAGACAGAUCUAAUUAAUGAGAUAGAUGAUGAUCUUAGCCGACCAUUAAUGACGCUCAGGUCAACAGAGAACUGCAUAGAAUUUUCAACUGUUUCAGCCGAAGGUGGAUAAUACGCUGCUCCUUUGUUAACAUUGUAUGGCGCAACUUGUUUGGUUAAAAAAGUUCUUACCUAGUCUAGAACCUAAUAGUCAAUGUACUGCGUCUCUAUCCAUUUAUUUAUAGCUUUCACCGCUGAACGCGAUGGAUUUUGGGAAUAAGUAUUACGUUAACGGGGAUUUCAGUACCUUCAGCAAUAAUGAUUACAUUUUGUUACAAUUUUCUGAAUUAUUUACUUAUAUAUUAUGUAAUUUUAAGCUUUAUAUCUGUUGGUAUCUUGUUUGCUCAAUUAUCUAGCUUCAUACGUGUCUAAUAAUAAAUUCGGCAAUUGGCUGUUUCGUAAUUCGAUAAACUUGCAAAAAUAUUUCUAAAAUGUUCCCAUAAGAUUUUCAUUAGUUUUGUUUUAAAAUGAAAUACAUCACUUAAUGUGUAUUCAUGCACAAUAGAUUAACACGAUGAAGUUUUUAUGCGCUAACCCGCAUUAUGCUUGCGUACAGUAUGUCGAUAUCAUAACAUUUUGACACUUCGUAAAAUUCAUGCAUAUUUUAUAUCUCAGUAAUUUCUGUAUAUCAUGGUUAUUCUUUCCGAUUAACCACUUUUUUUUAACACUCUGGUCUGUAUCUAUAUUCUUUAUCCACCGUUUGAAAUUUCCUAUUUCUAUAUAUAAUAAUGAAUCAAAAUAAUAUUAGACUUUUGAGCUUGAAACUUUUAAAUGAUUAGUGUACACAAAAGAAUUUUAUAAAAUUAAAAUGUACGUGCAAGUUAAUGUGGGCACAUAGGGCAAAAGAAAAUAAUAUAAUAUCAUAAAACUUUUAAAAGCUACAUGUUUAUAUGUAUAUGAUGUACAGUAAUUUAAAGAUAGACGUUCUAGCUCAUUAAUGUUUCCAAUAGGCGUGGUAGUAUGUUGAUGUACUUCAGACCUUUGGCACACUAUAAAAGUUUGUGCUCAUUGCCAUAAAUCACCAUUUAUUUGAGAUCAUCUAGAUCUCUAACUAAUUUGAUUGAUGCCCGAAUACCAAUGUGAAGUCUUACACAGUUUGUCGAGGAUGUCUUCGUAACGUUGAUAGGACAAAUUAUCUUAGUCGGCUGGUAGUCACCACAUAUUAUAUUCGUCGUGUCUGUGAGCAGUUUUUCUAAUCCCAACAAGGUAUGCCCAUUCGUCAAUCAACUCUGCACUUCAUAAUUAUCUCGUUGCAAUCAUUCUAUCAUUUGUAAAUUGGAAUCAUUACACUGGAAUGUAUGCAUACUUGUUCGUGAUAAUGCAUUAGCCACUGUGUUCUUAUUACCUUCGUAUGGUGGACGCAAAUUGCGGGAUAAACUCUAGAUACCGGAUCUCUGUGAAUAAUAGUCAUAUUUAUUAUCUAACCCUUUUGUAAACGUUUUAUAAUCAGUGUAUACUAUAAAGCUGUUUUGUUCAAGCGUGUAUCUAGAGUGCUUUAUUGCUAGAUAUAUAUCUAAUAAUUCCCAGCUAAAAGUACUACAUCUCGGUUGAGUCAGACUCAGUCGUUUAGGAAAAAAAGACAGAGGUUCCCAUUUUUCAUUAACCGACUGUUAGAAAACGGCUAAUAUGGUCACGUUCGAUGCUUCUGUCAUUAUAGCUAGUAAUGACUUUUUUUCGAACCAGCAAUCUUUUCGUUUAGUAAGUUUUUGGCGUGCUCAAAUGCCUGUGUGACUUUGAUCAGGAAAUAGGAAGUACGCAUAUGUCCUCGCAAUAUAUUUUUUUUAGUGGUUGAGAUGGAGCAACACAGAAUGAAAUGAAUCACCCACAGAAAUUUACCAAUUUCAAAAGUUGCUUUUAAAUCGGAUGGGAUAGGUGUCGUACCCAUUUCAUAAGCCAGGAAAUACAACUAUUUCUUACCACACACUUCUCAGGGUUUAUAACCACUCCAUAUUUCGUUAGUUUUGCGAAUAUUUGUUUGAGGCACUGUAGUUGUUUUUCUCCCGACGCACUUGUAAUUACCAGAUUGUCAAUAUAAAUGUACACAAUUGGUAUGCCUCAGGUUAUCUGGUCGAUAGCAUGGAAAUGUCUGGCCAUUGUUCGUUAAUUCCAAUGGCAUGCUUAAAAAUUUGUACAACCCAAAAGGCGUUGUAAUGGCUGUUUUCUAUGCAUUAACUGGAGGCAUUUAGAUAUGAUGUGUACGUACCAAAUCAGUCUUCGAGAAUAUUACUGCACCGUAUAUACUGUUAUCAAAGCCGUGGAUACACGGUCUGGGUACCGAUCUGCGAGAGUUUGUUUAUUCAGGGCCUGACAGUCGCCAAGUGGUUAGAUUUCCUUUUUAGUUAACAUAGACAACGGAGAUUACUGGGUUGCUAGACGGUCGAAUGAUGCAUUUGUUCAUAGAUCUAUCAGAAUCACCUUCCUCUAUCUCCAAUUUUACUGGGUCUAACCUCAUUUAGUGAUACUUUCAUCAUUAUGUCGUGCUGUACCUCAUGUUCAGAAUAUUUGCUUCUUCAUGACACUAUCGUCAAUUUGG